UUCGGGGUAACUGCAGACCGACCGUGAGAUAUACUCCUGGCAGCCGGUUUUCGGAGAUGUUUAGAUAGGUUUGUAGGGAAAGCUUCGAUCUAUCUGCCUGCCUGCCAAAACGCACAAAAAUUAAUCAGAAAUAAUAAAGUUAUGUUGAUUGAAAGAGAAAAGAUCACGAAACGCUCCAUACCACUCUACUUCUUCUACGUGAGCACCGAUUAUCGAUUAUAUUAUUUAAUUAUUUUGAGCUGCUUUUUGAAGGAAACCGAAUAAAAGAAGUACUAUUCAUUUUCAGGUUUGAGAAUGGAAAAAACUUACUGUUGCUUGGCUUGCUCACAAUUUGAAUCCUUACCUUGCACUUUCAUAUGGUUGCUCGAUGAAUCAACAUUUUUAUUCUGAGAAGUUUAAAUUUAUCACUUGUCUUUAUUGUCCGUUGAACUCCAACCAUUAACUUAUUUCAAACUCCUUGAAAUGCAUAUAUAAAUGCUGACUUUUGUGGAUGAGUUUUGUAAAAAUGCGUAAUUUUGCAUACAAAAUCGAUAAAUAGUUCAAUCUAACCUAGCACAUUGAUUUUAAAAAUAGUUACAUGACUUUAGUAUUCUUUAGAACAACAAUCAUAUGAUCCAUGACAGCAUUUAGUUUCUAAAUUUGAUGUUACACGCGAUAAACUUUUAUAUUUAUACGUUGUGUUCCUGACAAUAAAUCUACGAUUUAACUUGCUAGCGCUGCCACAUAAGUCGUUUAUGACUGUUUCUCAUGCAAAGCACCUUUUAGAAUCUUGUUUAUUAAAUCUAAAGAAAAUGUUUGUGCCCAAUUCUGUGGAAGCUUACUAGUCUACGAUCUAUUUCAAAUUUUUAUGUCAUAUUUAGCAAUGGGAGAUGAAUUUAGUGACACAUUUUCGCGACUGAGUCUUGAUGAACAGCCGGCAACCCCAAUUUCACAUCGGCGAUCAGUGCCCUCUAUUGAGGUGACUGUGCACAUACAAGAUCAACCACCAUUCGUCGAUCAGAACAAUACCGAACAGCCAGAUAUCACAGGUUUACAAUCGUUGAAAUUACCAGAUUCAUCACCAUUUCCUAGUAGUAGCCCUGACAAUGAUAACAAUAAUAAUAUUGAUAUGCUUGAUCAACAACAAAAACAAAAAUCUUCCUUUUUUAUUUUGUCAUAUAGUCAUGAAAAAUUUAUUGAACCUUCAUCUACACCGAAUUAUAAAACAUACAUUACAUCGAUAUCAGGACUCAGAUGGUAUGCUAAUAAACAUAUUGAGUUAUCGGCUAUUGAUUUAAUAAAAACGUCGAAAAUUACAUCAUUUUUAUCUUCUUGUUCUGCACUUGUUCUCCUUAUCGGUACAAAUUCAACACAUUCAACAGCAGCAACACAAAUCAUUAAACAAGUUCAACAUCUAAUAGAAAAUGUUCGUCAUGAUUAUAAACAUCUCCAUGAUUAUCAAAAUUUAGCAGUAGUUUAG